UUGUCCCAGGUCACACAGCAAGGAAGAGGCAGAACUGGGAUUCUGAAUCCACACAGUCUGGCUCCAGAUCGGUGUUCUGGAUCAUGCUAUAAAAGCAGUGACCAAGACAGACUGUGAUGUCUGCCCCCGUGGAGCUGACAGACCAGUGGGAAGAGGACAAGAUGAGCAAGGAAAACCGACGCAUGGGAGUACCGACAGCAGCCAUGGCAGGCAGCAGUGGGGACAGCGUCACUCGCCGGAGCGUGGCAUCACAGUUUUUCACACAAGAGGAGGGGCCAGGCAUCGAUGGCAUGACCACCUCAGAGAGAGUGGUGGAUCUCCUCAACCAGGCAGCGCUGAUCACCAACGAUUCAAAGAUCACAGUGCUCAAACAGGUCCAGGAACUGAUCAUCAACAAAGAUCCCACACUCUUGGACAACUUCCUGGAUGAGAUCAUCGCUUUCCAAGCAGACAAGUCGAUUGAAGUGCGCAAAUUUGUCAUCGGCUUCAUCGAGGAGGCAUGCAAGCGAGACAUUGAGUUACUGCUGAAACUGAUCGCGAACCUCAACAUGCUCUUGAGGGACGAGAACGUGAAUGUGGUGAAGAAGGCCAUCCUCACCAUGACCCAGCUCUACAAGGUGGCCCUGCAGUGGAUGGUGAAGUCACGGGUCAUCAGUGAGCUCCAGGAGGCCUGCUGGGACAUGGUGUCUGCCAUGGCUGGGGACAUCAUCCUGCUGUUGGACUCUGACAAUGACGGCAUCCGCACCCAUGCCAUCAAGUUUGUGGAGGGCCUCAUUGUCACCCUGUCACCCCGCAUGGCUGACUCGGAGGUGCCCCGACGCCAGGAGCAUGACAUCAGCCUGGACCGCAUCCCUCGCGACCAUCCCUACAUCCAGUACAAUGUGCUGUGGGAAGAGGGCAAGGCGGCCUUGGAGCAGCUGCUCAAGUUCAUGGUGCACCCCGCCAUCUCCUCCAUCAACCUGACCACGGCCCUCGGCUCCCUCGCCAACAUUGCCCGCCAGAGGCCUAUGUUCAUGUCUGAGGUGAUCCAGGCCUAUGAGACCCUGCACGCCAACCUGCCCCCGACGCUGGCCAAGUCUCAGGUGAGCAGUGUGCGCAAGAACCUCAAGUUGCACCUGUUGAGUGUGCUGAAGCACCCGGCCUCCCUGGAGUUUCAGGCCCAGAUCACCACCCUGCUGGUGGACCUGGGCACGCCUCAGGCUGAGAUCGCCCGCAACAUGCCCAGCGGCAAGGAUGCCCGCAAGCGGCCCCGAGAUGACUCAGAUUCUGCACUCAAGAAGAUGAAGCUGGAGCCCAACCUGGGGGAAGAUGACGAGGACAAGGACUUGGAACCAGGCCCAUCGGGGACCUCGAAGGCCUCAGCCCAGAUCUCAGGCCAGUCGGACACAGACAUCACUGCUGAGUUCCUACAGCCUCUGCUGACGCCUGACAACGUGGCCAAUCUGGUCCUCAUUAGCAUGGUGUACCUGCCCGAGGCCAUGCCCGCCUCCUUCCAAGCCAUCUAUACCCCAGUGGAGUCCGCAGGCACUGAAGCCCAGAUCAAGCACCUGGCUCGGCUCAUGGCCACCCAGAUGACAGCUGCAGGACUGGGGCCAGGCGUGGAGCAGACGAAACAGUGCAAGGAGGAGCCCAAGGAGGAGAAGGUGGUGAAGCCAGAGAGCGUCCUGAUCAAGCGGCGCCUGUCAGCCCAGGGCCAGGCCAUUUCGGUGGUGGGCUCCCUGAGCUCCAUGUCCACGCUGGAGGAGGAGGCGCCCCAGGCCAAGAGGAGGCCAGAACCUAUCAUCCCUGUCACACAGCCCCGGCUGGCAGGCGCCGGUGGGCGCAAGAAAAUCUUCCGUCUGAGCGAUGUGCUGAAGCCCCUGACUGAUGCCCAGGUUGAGGCCAUGAAGCUGGGCGCUGUGAAGCGGAUCUUGCGGGCUGAGAAGGCUGUGGCCUGCAGCGGGGCGGCCCAGGUGCGCAUAAAGAUCCUGGCCAGCCUGGUGACACAGUUCGACUCGGGCCUGAAAGCCGAGGUCCUGUCCUUCAUCCUGGAGGACGUGCGGGCCCGCCUGGACCUGGCCUUCGCCUGGCUCUACCAGGAGUACAAUGCCUACCUGGCAGCCGGUGCCUCGGGCACCCUGGACAAGUACGAGGACUGCCUCAUCCGCCUGCUCUCCGGCCUGCAGGAGAAGCCAGACCAGAAGGAUGGGAUCUUCACCAAGGUUGUGCUGGAGGCGCCGCUGAUCACCGAGAGUGCCCUGGAGGUGAUUCGCAAGUACUGUGAGGAUGAGAGUCGCACCUACCUGGGCAUGUCCACUCUCCGAGACCUGAUCUUCAAGCGCCCGUCCCGCCAGUUCCAGUACCUGCAUGUCCUGCUCGACCUCAGCUCCCAUGAGAAGGACAAGGUGCGUUCCCAGGCCCUGCUAUUCAUCAAGCGCAUGUACGAGAAGGAACAGCUGCGAGAGUACGUGGAGAAAUUUGCCCUCAACUACCUGCAGCUCUUGGUCCACCCCAACCCGCCGUCUGUGCUGUUUGGAGCUGACAAGGACACAGAGGUGGCAGCGCCUUGGACCGAGGAGACAGUCAAGCAGUGUCUGUACCUCUACCUGGCCCUCCUGCCUCAGAACCACAAGCUGAUCCAUGAGCUGGCGGCCGUGUACACUGAGGCCAUCGCCGACAUCAAGCGGACAGUGCUAAGGGUCAUCGAACAGCCGAUCCGAGGAAUGGGCAUGAACUCGCCAGAGCUGCUCCUGCUGGUGGAAAAUUGUCCCAAGGGGGCAGAGACGCUGGUCACACGGUGUCUGCACAGCCUCACAGACAAAGUCCCACCCUCCCCGGAGCUGGUGAAGCGGGUCCGGGAUCUCUACCACAAGCGACUGCCAGACGUCCGCUUCCUCAUCCCUGUGCUCAAUGGGCUGGAGAAGAAAGAAGUGAUCCAGGCCCUGCCAAAGCUCAUCAAGCUCAACCCCAUCGUGGUGAAAGAGGUCUUCAACCGCCUGCUGGGCACGCAGCACGGCGAAGGGAACUCGGCCCUGUCCCCCCUGAACCCCGGAGAGCUUCUGAUCGCAUUACACAACAUCGACUCAGUGAAGUGUGACAUGAAGUCUAUCAUCAAAGCCACCAACCUGUGCUUUGCGGAGCGGAACGUGUACACAUCGGAGGUGCUGGCCGUGGUGAUGCAGCAGCUGAUGGAGCAGAGUCCCCUGCCCAUGCUGCUCAUGAGGACCGUCAUCCAGUCCCUGACCAUGUACCCCCGCCUGGGGGGCUUCGUCAUGAACAUCCUGUCCCGCCUCAUCAUGAAGCAGGUGUGGAAGUACCCCAAGGUGUGGGAGGGCUUCAUCAAGUGCUGUCAGCGCACCAAGCCCCAGAGCUUCCAGGUCAUCCUGCAGCUGCCGCCCCAGCAGCUGGGCGCCGUCUUUGACAAGUGCCCCGAGCUCCGGGAGCCCCUGCUGGCCCACGUCCGCUCCUUCACCCCCCACCAGCAAGCACACAUCCCCAACUCCAUCAUGGCCAUCCUGGAGGCCAGCGGCAAGCAGGAGCCAGAGGCCAAGGAAGCACCCACUGGGCCCCUAGAAGAGGACGACCUGGAGCCCCUGGCCCUGGCCCCAGCCCCGGCCCCCCGGCCCCCUCAGGACCUCAUCGGCCUGCGCCUGGCCCAGGAGAAGGCCUUAAAGCGGCAGCUGGAGGAGGAACAGAAGCUGAAGCCGGGGGGAGCCCCCUCCUCGUCCUCCUCUUCCUCAGCCCGGCCCGGCCCUCCCCAGCCGGAGGAAGCCAUAGAUUUCCGGGAGGAGGGGCCCGAGUGUGAGACCCCGGCCAUCUUCAUCAGCAUGGAUGACGACUCGGGGCUGACCGAGGCCGCACUGCUGGACUCUAGUCUUGAGGGGCCCCUACCCAAGGAGGCAGCAGCGAGCGGGCUGACCGCCAAGGAGGAGCGGAGCCCCCAGACCCUCACCCCUGCCGGAGAAGACACCGUGAAGACCCCCAGCCCCGCCGCCGCAGAGGAAGCCGGGGAAUCCGAGAACAAGGGGAACAGCUGACGGGGCGUGGUGGGGAAGGGGAGCGGGGCCGGGAGCUCGGGAAGGGCGGGGCGGGGCUUGACCAGCGGUGCUUUGCCUUUAAGAAAAAUUUUCAAAAAGA